AUGGCGUUGCGACGGACUCAACUCAUCUCCGUCGUGUUCCUAAUUAUAUCCCUUGUGCGGUGGUUUCUUGUCUCCGGUGACUCCGGCAGGAUGUUACUCUUACCAAACGAGGGUUCUCGUCCUGCUAUGAUUCUCCCUCUACACCACUCUGUUCCCGAUUAUUCCGUUUCCGACUUUAGCCCGCGUCGUCAACUUCAAAAAUCGCAGUCCCAACGGCACCCUGACGCUCGUAUGGGACUGUAUGACGAUCUUCUCCGGAACGGGUCGGAUCCAAAGUUCCAGCCAGAAGAUUCAGAAACCUAUCAGCCUGUAAAAUGCACAUGGCAGUGCAACUGUGAUAAAGACAGGAAGCAGUGCACAUAUGAGAGACGGUAUGCGGAAAUGAGUACUAGCAGUGGGGUCCUUGGUGAGGAUGUUGUAUCCUUUGGAAAUCAGAGUGACCUUUCCCCUCAACGUGCUACUUUUGGCUGUGAAAAUGAUGAAACUGGUGAUCUUUAUACUCAGCAUGCUGAUGGCAUCAUGGGUUUGGGCCGUGGAGAUCUGAGUAUCAUGGAUCAACUGGUUGAGAAAAAGGUGAUAAGUGAUUCAUUCUCACUGUGCUAUGGUGGAAUGGGUGUUGGUGGGGGUGCUAUGGUUCUUGGUGGCAUUUCCGCUCCAGCUGACAUGGUUUUUACAUACUCAGAUCCUGGUCGAAGGUGUGAGGUACAUGUUGCGGGGAAGCGACUGAAUUUAAACCCUAAGGUUUUUGAUGGGAAACAUGGAACUGUCUUGGAUAGUGGCACGACUUAUGCAUACCUACCAGAAUCUGCAUUUCUUGCAUUUAAACAUGCCAUUAUGAAGGAAACUCGCACAUUGAAACGAAUAAUUGGUCCAGAUCCACGCUAUAAUGAUAUAUGUUUUUCUGGUGCAGGAAGUGAUGUCUCUCAACUCUCUAAAAGCUUUCCGGUAGUUGAUAUGGUAUUUGGAAAUGGUCACAAGUUGUCACUGUCACCUGAAAAUUACCUGUUUCGGCAUUUAAAAGUGCGAGGUGCGUAUUGUCUUGGGGUUUUUUCAAAUGGCAAUGAUCCAACUACUCUUUUAGGAGGUAUUGUUGUUCGCAACACUCUUGUCAUGUAUGAUCGUGAGCAUACAAAAAUUGGUUUCUGGAAGACUAAUUGUUCUGAGUUAUGGGAAAGGCUACAUGUCUCAGAUGCCCCACCACCCUUGUCUCCAAAAUCUGAAGGAAUAAACAUGACCAAAGCAUUUGAGUCCUCUGUUGCUCCGUCCCCCUCCCCAUCACAGUAUAAUUUUCAGCUAGGUGAACUCCAAAUUGCUCAAAUAAUAAUUGUAAUUUCAUUUAACAUAAGCUACGAGGAUAUGAAGCCCUACAUUACAGAAUUGACUGGACUUAUUGCUAAUGAGUUAGAUGUUAAUACUUCACAGGUUCACUUAAUGAAUGUUUCUUCUCUUGGAAGUAGUUCUCUCUCUAAGUGGCUCAUAACACCCAGGCCAUAUGCUGAUUUCUUUUCAAAUGCCACCGUAAUGAGUAUGAUUGCCCGGCUUUCUGAACAUCGUAUGCAACUUCCUGACUCAUUCGGAAGUUAUAAGUUAAUUGAUUGGAAUGCCAAGCCUCCAUUGAAACGGACUUGGUGGCAGCAACAUUAUUUGGUUGUGGAUUUAGCUGUUUUGCUUACAUUUCUUGUAGGAAUAUCAGCCUUGGGAAUAUUCUUAAUUUGGAAAAACAGACAGCAAGCUGAGCACUCAUACAAGCCAGUUGAUGUAGCUGUUCAAGAGCAGGAACUUCAGCCAUUAUGA